AUGGUGGAAAAAAUUCAAGAAAUAUUUUAUGAAGUAAAUAUGAAAGCUGGUUAAUUUGAAUAAGGAGGAAUUAGGGCUAUUGCUACUAAAAAAUUAACUGAACAAGAAAGAAAUAGUAGAGUUUUAGAUUUUUUGGGUGGUUUUGAGAUUUUAGAUGACGAUUUUAGACUUUUUGUUUUUGAAGGAUUAUCUGAUGGAGUUAUGAAAUUGUUAGAUGAAAAAAUUCCUAUAAAUGAACCAAAUAGUGAAAGUUUUAAAAUUCUGAAAAAUUCAGAUAUUAAAUUUAAGGAAAGAAUUUAUUAAGAUUUCAAUUUGGAGAUUAAAAGAAUUAGAUUAAGAAAUACAUUGAAAUAAAUACUUUAAAAUGCAGAUAUAUAUAUAAGAACUAAAGUCCCUGAAAACAUAUGCAAGGCACUAAAUUAAAUAUCAGAAAUAUGUAAAUGUUAGAAUAUGAAAACUCUUUAUUAAUUUGAUUUAUUUCCUUUGGCAAAUGAUUUAAUUGGCAUAGAAAGAAAAUAUAGUGAUUCUUUAACCCUUGAAGAUAUAUACGGCCACAUAGUAGAUGUUAAAUAAACCAAAAAAAAAUAAUAAUAAUUUGCUGCAACUACCUAAGCAAUAAGUGUAGAUACAAAAAAUUAAAAGUAAUCACAAUUAGCAGCUGCAGGAACAAUAGGAAAUCUUAUGACGAUAUAAAAUGAACUUUCAUUGCCUAAAUAACAAAAUAAAUCUUUAAAAGGAAAAACAAUGUAUCUUCAUUAAACUAAACUAAAAGGGACGAUAUAAAAAAAUGAUAUAAAAAUAUAAAAUGUUGUUUAAAUUCCAGAAAAUGAGCCUGUAUAUAUUUAUAGUUGCUAAAAAAAUAAUUGGUAUGAAAAAUUGAUGAGAGAAUAAAGAGAAAAAAUAAAAAAUGAUAAAAUUUUUUUCUAUACUUAUUCAGAAUAAUAUUUAGGUUUAUCUAUAGAUCCCUAUAAUGUAGAAGAUGAAAAAAAAUUAGCUUUAACUUUAGAAAAAACAUAAUUACAAAGUAAACCUGAAUUUAGAACUGUUCCUCCAAAAACAUUAGAAUAAUAUAAAGAACAUCCCAAAAAACCACAUGAAAGCAUCAUAGAAGAUCUUGCGUAAAAUCCUUAUUAUGAAUAAAGAGUAAAAUAAGAAGAAUCUCUUAAAUUUUCAAAAGAAAGAAUCAGGGAUAAAAGCAAAAAAGAUUUCAAUUAAUAUAUUGGACAUAUUGAUGUUUUUUCUCUACCAGAAAUAUUAGAAACUGAAAAAAUAAAACCUAUUGAAAAAGAAAGAUUAGAAAGAGAAAAGAAAAAAAAAGAAAUUGAAAAAUGGUAAAAAAAACUUAAAGGGGAUGCUUAUAUACACAUAAAAAAAUAAAUGUAAGAACAUCCAAGUCAAUUAGAUAAAUUAAAAGGAAUUAGAGAUGGUCCAGCAUUAAAAAAAGGAAUUCUUUUAAAAAAUUCAAGGAUUUAAAAUAGUACACUUCAAUUAGAAAAAUAAAUAAAAGAUAUUCCCUCAUCUGUUUUUCAUCAAGAACCUUAUUAAAAUCCAGUUGAUUUAUUUUAAAGAAAAAUAGCUCCUGAAAAAGCUGUAAGUCCUUAUGAUUUUGAUCUGUAUUAAAAUCCAGAAAUUUUAACAAAAACAUGCAUUUAUAAGCCUCUUAAAUUAGAUUCAAUGUUUAAAUGA